UUUUUUUUUUUUAAAUAGAUCUUAUAGAUUUAACUAUUUAUUUUAAUUUAAAAAGAAUAGAUAAUCAGUCAUGGAAAAAUUACUUCAAUGGGCUGUUAAUAACAGUGAUAAUAAUGCUUUAGCAGAACAAGCAGCUGCUAUCCGUCGAGGUGAAGCAAAGCCUGAUCCCAAGAAAUUUGAUCCAAAAAUCAUUGAAGCCAUCUUGGGUAAAGACGAUGCUACACGUAUGAAAGAGGCUGUUGAAUGUAUAAGUAAUCCUGAAGAUACACUUGAAAAUAAAGAAAUUGCUCUUGAUAACUUGGAAUUGCUCAUUGAAGGUAUCGAUAACGCUCGUAAUAUUGAGAACAUGAAGUUAUGGCCUGCUAUUAUUAAACAAUUAGAAGCUAAAGAACCAGAGGUCCGCAAAGGUGUUGCUUGGGUAUGUGGUACCGCUGUUCAAAACAAUCCUCAAGCUCAAAAGGCCUUUUUGGAGAAUGGUGGUUUAGAACCUCUUUUAAAAUUAUUAAAAGAAGAUGAAGAUGCAUCUGUACGUAACAAGGCACAGUACGCUAUUUCUGGAUUUUUAAAACAUCAUCAAGCAGGUGUUGAAGCAUUUGAAAAACUAAAUGGUUUCGAUAUCUUACAAGAUAUACUCAAGACUUCAAAGGAGUCCAAUAUGGUUAGAAAAGUCGUAUUCUUAUAUAAUAGUCUUGUCUUUGACGAUAAUACCAACUGUUUAACAGAGCGUUUAAUUAAGAAUGGAACUUUACAAGAACUUCAAAGAAUUCUUGUUAAAUACACAACUGAAGAAGAAGAUGAAGAUAUGGUGGAAAAGACGUUACGUACGAUUCAUACUAUCAUUACAAAGACUAACACAACUCCUUCAAAUGAAUUAAAGGAACAAUGUAAAAUUGCAAAGGAUAAAUAUGGUGCUGAUAACUUGGGUUUAGUAGAUUCCGAAUGGAAGAGUUUGUUAUAAAUGUAAAUAAUAAUAAUGAUAAUGAUAAUGAUAAUAAAAAUUGUGUGAUAUACGUUUAUGUAUGUAUAUAAUAAAUGG